CACCGCUGUGGGCAGGCCUUGCUGCAGAUUGGGAUCAACAUGAUGGCACUGCCUGGAGGCCGCCACCUGGACUCCAUCCCCAUACCUGGGCAGCGGCUGCACCUAAUGCAGGUGGACUCAGUCCAGCGCUGGAUGGAGGAUCUGAAGCUCAUGACCGAGUGUGAGUGCAUGUGUGUCCUGCAGGCGAAGCCCAUCAGCCUGGAGGAGGAUGCACAGGGUGACCUCAUCCUGGCAGGCGGCCCUGGCCCGGGAGACCCCCUGCAGCUGCUGCUCAAGCGGGGCUGGGUCAUCAGCACGGAGCUGCGCAGGAUCGGGCAGAAGCUGGCGCAGGACCGCUGGGCGCGCGUGCACAGCAUGAGUGUGCGUCUCACCUGUCACGCCCGCUCCAUGGUCAGCGAGUACAGCGCUGUCAGCAGGAGCUCCUCGCAGGAAAUGGGCCAGAUUGAGAAGUUGCUAAUGGAGAAAUGUUCAGAGCUCUCAGCAGUCACGGAGAGGUGCCUCCAGGUGGAGAACGAGCAUGUCCUGAAGUCAAUGAAGGCCUGUGUGAGUGAGACGCUGAGCACGCUGGGCCAGCACUUUGGCCAGCUGCUGGAGCUGGCCCUGACACGGGAGGUGCAGGCACUGGUGAGAAAAAUUGAUGCCUCAGACAAUAUCUAUACCAUGGAGACCACCACAGGGAACCUGUUCAGCCUGACCCAGGAGGGGGCACCCUUGUGCCGCAUCAUAGCCAAGGAGGGUGGGGUCGUAGCACUCUUCAAGGUUUGCCGGCAGGACAGUUUCCGGUGCUUGUACCCCCAGGCGCUCCGCACGCUGGCCUCCAUCUGCUGCGUGGAGGAGGGGGUCCACCAGCUGGAGAAGGUGGAUGGUGUUCUGUGCUUGGCCGAUAUCCUGACUGACGACAGCCACUCAGAGGCCACGCGGGCUGAGGCUGCAGCCGUGGUGGCCCAGGUCACCUCCCCACAUCUGCCCUUCACCCAGCACCUCAGUAGCUUCCUGGAGAGCAUGGAGGAGAUUGUGACAGCCCUCAUCAAACUGUGCCAAGAGGCCUCAUCUGGGGAAGUUUUCCUGCUGGCCUCUGCGGCCCUUGCCAACAUCACAUUCUUUGACACAAUGGCCUGUGAGAUGCUCCUGCAGCUGAAUGCCAUCCGAGUUCUCCUGGAAGCCUGCAGCGACAAGCAGAGGGUGGACACGCCUUACACCCGGGACCAGAUUGUGACCAUCUUGGCAAACAUGUCUGUCCUAGAGCAGUGUGCCUCUGACAUCGUUCAGGAGAAUGGCGUGGAGCUGAUCAUGGGCAUGCUGUCCGAGAAGCCGAGGUCUGGGACCCCCGCUGAGGUGGCAGCCUGCGAGCGAGUCCAGCAGAAAGCUGCAGUGACCCUGGCCCGUCUCAGCCGAGACCCAGACGUGGCACGGGAGGCCGUGCGGCUCAGCUGUAUGUCCCGUCUCAUCGAGCUCUGCAGAUCCCCGUCAGAGAGGAACAGCAGUGAUGCUGUGCUCGUGGCCUGCCUGGCUGCUCUGCGUAGAUUGGCUGGGGUCUGCCCCGAAGGCCUGCAGGACUCUGACUUCCAGCAGCUGGUCCAGCCUCGGCUUGUGGACUCCUUCUUACUCUGCAGCAACAUGGAGGAGAGUUUCGUGUAGCAGGUGUAGGAGAGGAAAGACAUCCAGCCUGUUCUUACUCUCCCUCUGCAUACACACCAGCUCUCCUCACCUCCUUAUUUAUACUUAAUUUAUUUUUUAUGUGAAGUACACAAAGAGUGAAAUCUUAGGGCAACAU